GGUCUGGAGCUCAGUCAGCUGCAGAAAGUCGAGGCAGGAUCCCACAUCUUCUCCUAGGCUCAGUCACUGAAUCACACCGCCCCUUCCUUCGCAAUGGUCCCCAGACGCUUCCUUCAACUGGCACUUGCCCUGAUGGCCCUCGUAGCUGUCGCCCAAGCCCUGGGGAAGGGGCAUGGACACGGGUCGUUAACGAAACUGUGCCCAAUCCCGAACGUCAAGGACAUAGUUUGUAUCCAAUACUUAGACCAAUGUCACACAGACUACGACUGCGGCCAUGGGAAGACGUGUUGCCUGGUGCCCAACUGUGGCCGGCAGUGCCAUCCGCGCUAUGGUAACCCAGUGACCAAGCCCGGGGAUUGCCCAGCCAUUCCCCUCUUCGUGCCCAACUGUAGCUACAAGGAUCAGGUCGACGGCUGCCAAAACGACAAGCAGUGCCCGGGAAAUCUGAAGUGCUGCUUCCUCGGCUGUAGCAACCAGUGCACUAAGCCAUUCUAGAAUGCAGCAGAGAAGUGAGCCACGCAGUCAUGCACUUGUCGACGGCUGAUGUGGACGUUCAAUAUUUUUUUACUUCUCUGUUCAUGAAUAAAACAUUGAAAUAGA